AUGCUGGUGGACAUUGUGAUUUGGAUUUUUCUAAUAACUGUCGGAAUUGUUGAUGCUACUUACGAUUAUCAAUGCUGGAAUCCAAAGUCAACUGAUGAGUACAGACAGAAAUUCCUCACACAAAUUAACAUCAGAAGAAAGGGCAUUGCUGACGGAGAGGCAGAAAACCAAUAUGGUUUGUUACCAAAGGGGAAGAACAUAUACAUGCUAUAUUACUGGUGCGAUUUAGAGCUGUUAGCCCAAGAAAUUGCUGACAAAUGUGAUGUCAGUGCCCGCGCUCCGGUGGGUUACUCGCGGGUGAUAGCAAGUCUUUGUUCUUACAAUCAGCUUGCCAACGGGAAAGCCAGAAAGCUCGGAUGUGCACAAAAUUCAUGUGGAGAAGAUUUCUACGCAGUUUGUGUGCUAGAUGCUAUGAGGGUUACCUGGACCAGUCGAAGAAGAAAACGAAAACUCAAUCGAUACUACAUUGUCACCAUUAGCAACAACUUGUUGGUGCGCACCGAUAAGUACGACGGGAACAAUAUUGACAUCAAAGACAACUUUAAUUACUACGAGACCUAUGACAACUACAGCAACAACGUCUACGAAAGCUUCUACAACAACACCAACAACUACAACGACUACUACGAAGAAACCAACAACGACAACAAAAACUACUUCUACAACUACCCCUAA